AUGCGCAAGGCGCUCAUCAACGCCGUCCUCUUCCCGGCUCUCGCCGUGGUCGUCGCUCUGGCCAUCUUCUACUUCGUCCGCCGCCGCCGCCGCCGCCGGGGUCGCGGCCGCGGCCGCUCGGUACUGCCCUCCCACGGCGGCGGCGGCGCGAGGGCGGACCGGUUCCAGGCGGACGGCGCCUCGGGCGGCUACGCCGCCGGCGGGGAGGAGGCGCUGCUGCGGUUCCCGGGAGGCGAGGCGCUCACGGUGGCCGCGAUCCUCGAGGCGCCCGGGGAGGUGGUGGCCAAGUCCUCGCACAGCACGCUGUACCGCGCCGGGCUCAGCGCCGGGGAGGCCGUCGCGCUGCUCCGGUUCGUGCGCCCGGCCUGCGCCGCGGCCGCCGAGGAGGCCGCGGCGGCCGCGCGGGUGCUCGGCGCCGCGCGCCACCCCAACCUCGUGCCGAUCCGCGCGCUCUACAUCGGCCCGCGCGGGGAGAAGCUGCUCGUGCACCCGUUCUACGCCGCCGGCUCGCUGCGCCGGUUCCUGCAAGAGGGAAUCAAUGAUUCACAGAGAUGGGAAAUAAUUUGCAAGCUGUCUAUCGGCAUUGUCAAAGGACUGGACCACCUUCACACAGCAUCGCAGAAACCAAUCAUUCACGGCAAUCUCAAAACAAAUAACAUUAUGCUUGACGCUGAUUUCCAGCCUAGGAUAUCAGACUUUGGCCUCGACCUUCUUCUGAACCCUGCUGCUGCGCAAGAGAUGCUUGAGACAUCUGCAAUGCAGGGUUAUAAGGCUCCAGAGCUGAUCAAGAUGAGGGAUGCCACCAGGGAGAGUGAUAUCUACAGUCUGGGAGUGAUUAUGCUCGAGAUGCUUGCUCAGAAGGAGGUCGCAAAUGAUAAUAAGUCACCAAAUGCGCGCGACAUCCAUUUGCCGGCCUCUUUCAAAGACCUGGUUCUCGAGAGGAAGAUAUCAGAAGCUUUCAGUUCCGAGCUUAUCAAACAAAGCAAGAAUUCUGGGAAGGAGGACAAUCUAAAUGCCUACUUCGAAUUGGCAACGGCUUGCUGUAAUCCAUCACCAUCGUUGAGACCAGAUACGAAGAAACUACUAAAAAGACUUGAAGACAUUGCAAGAUAA